AUGCACAUGGGCGCACUGGAGAACAGGCGUCACUCAGCCGAGCGCUUUCAUUGGAUGAUUUCAGCCGAUUACAGAUCUGACAAACAAGAACCAAAACAGCAUCGGUGCAGCCACGCGAGGGGACAUAAACCAAAACUAGUUCACCGUUUUGACGGCAUUCAUGGGUAGUAGUUUUCGUCGGAACUUCUUCACGUAGAACAGACUUUUAUUAUUAUUAUUACAAGUAUUUAAACCCCAAAGUGGGUUGCAUGUGAAGUGACAUGGCUAGCAAACUCGUCUCCAAGUUGCUUCGGUCGUCUUUGCUAACUCAAGCUGCUCCUCCGCCGUCAAGCCUCUUACUGCUGCGGGGGAGAUUUGGGGUUUUAGCGGGAACAGCGGCCAGACACUCCUCCUCCAGCGGCGGUCCACCGGAGAGGAUAAGUCGCUAUCCGGUUCCUUACAGAAAAAACUUGCCUUAUGAUAUAGUAGAGCUCAUGGAAGAGGUUGAGGCAAAGGGAGGUUUUUUGCCCAAUGUCUUCAAAGUCCUGUCUCACAGACCUGCAGAGUUCAGAGCCUUCUUCGCCUACUACAAUGAGUUAAUGAACAAAGAUACAGGCAACAUAACCAAGGCAGACCGUGAGUUAAUAGUAGUGGCCACCAGUAUUCACAACAGGUGUCUUUACUGUGUGGUGUCUCACAGUGCUCUGCAUCGGAUAUAUUCAAAGAAACCAACUGUUGCUGAUCAGGUCAUAGUUAACUAUAGAAACGCAGAGCUUAGCCCUCGGGAGCUGGCGAUGCUGGACUUUGCGAUGGCCGUGUGCCGCUGCGACACCAUCACAGAGGAGCAUUUUCAGUCCCUGGAGGAAGUCGGCUUUGACCGCGAGGACGCCUGGGACAUCGCGGCCAUCGCUGCUUUUUUCGCCAUGUCUAACCGACUCGCCCACUUAACUGACAUGAGGCCCAACCUUGAAUUCUAUAACAUGGGCCGUGUGCCGCGGGACAAACGCAAAGAAAAGGCUGAAGAUCAGGAUUGAGAAGCAAGGAGGGGGUGUUGCACGAUUGUCUGAAAGCACGAGAUAAAUGGGACGUUGUGAGGUCACAUCACCACCAAACACAAACAAAAAAAAAGUUCUGUUCGGCUUCCACUCUUAUAAUACGUUCUAUAUUCUUUGUCAGAUCUGCUGGGAGGACAUUAAGGCUGGAUUUACACUGAACA